AAAGAGAAGAAAAGAUAGACUGAGAAAAUCCUAGCAAUUUUCACACAGUGUAAGUGAAGGUACAUAUUGGUCGAUUUAUACUGAUGCAUCAUUAAGAUCAUUAAUCUUAUUAAUUGUCCAAGAUUUAACUACUGAUUUGAGUUAUGCAUAGAGCAUAUGUAUGUUUAAGUAGUCAAUAAAGUAAACCACAAAAAAUUAGAAUUCGGAAUUUUUUGUGUAGAGUUGUAGCAUACAAAUAAAUAUUUAAAGGCUUAACAGCAUAUAGUUUUUUUACAAGGGGUAUUUUGAGAAAUAGGCCUACAGACAGUGCUAUACCAUCUUGCCGCCUUUAAACAAUAUAGUCUUCCAGACAGUUCUACACCAUAACUGAUCUAACUGUGGCUAGGUACUUGCUUGGGUAAAAUUUUCAAAAUGAAGUUAUAGUAUAGUUAUAGUAUACUAGUAUAGCUGGAAGAGCUAGUUCCCUAGUUGGUUAGAGAGGGCCUGAAAAAUGUAAUUCAUUGAUACCAAAAUUAAUGUUUGUUGUUCGUUUCUAAAGAAAGUUAUGAUUUCUAUUGUGAAUCAUUUGGGGGUAACUCUAUUGACACUUUUACAGUCCGAUGCGCACGAAAUAAGCCGAUUUUUUCCUUAGCCUUAAGCUUACAGUCCGUUGCGGCCAAACCCAUCGUUUUGAGGUUGUUUACUUUCAUUCUUAGCACAGCGGAAAUCCUUUGCUCAUUCCUACUUUUUAUAGUUCUACUGGAAGAAAGCCUUGUUGUCUGCAUUUAUUUUGAUACUAGAAUGGCUUUCCAAGCCUUGGAUAAAAUUUUGAAAGAACUUAGGCCUAAUGAAGUUUCACUAUUUCAUGAAUCUAGCAGCUAUAUUGAAGAAUCUGAUAUAAACAUUAAUUUAAAUGACACGACUGGUAAUAGGGAUUCAAGUGAAGAAGAUAAUAGUAAUAGUAGAUACAUCGAUGACAAAAGACCUAUCAAUUCCACUCCAGCUGAUCAGCAAGAUCAUGAGUGGUCUGGGAAACUAUUUAUAGGUGCAACUUUUGCUUAAAUCAUUUAUUUGUAUUUUGGUUAUUUUUCUUUUCUUUUCUUGCUUAUAGUUUAUUUUCUAUAAAUAAAUUAGAUAUAGAAUCUUCAUUUAAAAUGGAGUUAUGUCCCUUUGCUUGGUCUCUGGGAGUAGAAAAGGCUUGGACUGUAAAGGGUUAAUUGAGACUCCCGGUAAAGGAAAAUAUAAAAGUAACUAAAAUGAAAACUGGACAGAGAUUUGAGUUAUAUUAUGUUAAAAAGAGCAGUAUAUUGAAGUUUAAGAAAUAAAUGAAGAUAACUAUUUCACACCAUGACCAUAUAAUCUGUGAUUGUAAUAACAUUAUCCAAAUGUCAUAUAAUAAAUUCCAUAGUACUCGAGAUGACUGCAUAUUAAUAUUCAAAAUGGCCAUCAAAUUUCCUUUGUCAUAUUUGAAUAUGAAUACAACUUGAAAAAUAUUCUCCAAAAUAUAUGGUCAUGUAGAUCAAAUUGUUUAUAAUGAAAAGAAGAAAAAUAAUAAGUAGCAUAUUGAAGUGUAAACUCAAGUGUCCCUUAAAAAUUUAAUUUAUUUUAUAUCAAUGCAAAAUAAAAAUUUGAUGAAAAAAUGCAAUAUUCAGAUUAUAAUAGAGGCUUGGGGGUUUCUUUUAAUUUGUUUUUCUUUUUGCUAAGUGUAGCAUUAGUUUUUCAUAGAAGCCCUACCAUUAAAAAAGAAUUGUGCUGCUUUAAAAAAUAUUCCUAUAAAUUGCAAACAUGAUUAACUUGAGGAAAUCAUAGGCCUUUAACUCAUUACUUACGUCUGGGCUACUUCCGUACUUAAUUUAUAUGCCUGAGAAAGGAAAGUAACUCUGUUUUGAAAUUGAUUUAAAUUAGUAAAAUAUUUUUUUAAGCUGCUAAAUAUUAUUUAAUGUUAAUGAAUUAAGAACAAAGGACCCAAAAAAUGAAUAAGGUUUAUUAAAAAUAUAAAAUUAGCGGCGAAAAAAUAAUGAACAAUGACCAAAAAAUCAAUUUUCAGCACCUCGGACGAACACAUGUUACAUAUAGUUGCGCCAUACUAAAGCACACAUAGUUUUAAAGUGAAACAAGAUAAAAACUUCCGGUUUUUAAAUUGAAAUCACGCUGAAUCGGGCCAUCGUCAGAAGUUUCGAGGGAUGCGAGAUUUCAUUGCUAUUUUUAAAUAGAAAUGAGAGUGGUGUGUCACUAUGCACUGGGAUGCAUUUGAAUGCAUCUGUCGAAACUCCAAAGGAUGCAUUUAGUCCCAACCGCUGGGAAUGAGUUAAAAUAAAAUGAAGUCUUUUUUGUGUGAAGUAUUUUAAAAUACCAAUUCAUCUUAAUACUAAAUAUAUCUUAAUUUUAAAUCUAUUAUGAAUAUAAAACCAAUUUUUGUUCACAUUUCUGUGCUACACAUCAAGCAGCUUAGACCAAACUCCUAAAUAAGCCUAUUAUAUAGUGGUGGAAAUAAAGAAAGACAAUUAAAUAUCUUCUUCUUCUUCUUCUAUAUCUUAAGGGCCCACGAUCAAUUUAUUGAUCAUUUUGGCUCCUAUGCAUGUAGAUGGGAUUUGCAAUGUUUCUGUUACUGGUGGUGAUGAGGAAAUUAUGCACUAGGGGUUUGAAGGCUUGAGGCAAUAGACACAAAUGCGUCUAGUGUUGUCGCCUCAACUGUUCCUUUUGAAAGAUGGUUCCAGUCCCUGAUUGUCUUGGGCAGGAAUGAGCAGCUCCUAUACUGGCUUCUUGCUGGUAUGAGCCUGAAUUGCCUGUCAUGGCCUCGUCGCUGUCUAUGGGGGAGAGGGACGAGUUUCUGUUUAAUACUGGAACAGUGGACCAGCCCAUUAUUUAUCUUGUACAUCAUGGAGAGCCUGGAUUGUCGUCGUCGUUUCUCCAAUGGUGACCAGCCUAGUGUUUCUAGCAUGCUGCCAACACUAGAGGUAUUCCUGUAGCGGUUUAGGACAAAGCGUGCUGCUCGUCGCUGGACCGCCUCCAACCUGUCAAUGCUCUUCUGGGUAAAUGGGUCCCAGACUGAAGAUGCAUAAUCUAAAAUCGGACGGAUAAAGGCUUUAUAUGCUCUUUCUUUCACACAGGAGUUGCCAAUCUUUAGAUUUCGCCUUAAGAACCCCAAGGCUUGGUUUGCUUGGUUACAUACAUUGUUAAUAUGCUCGUCCCAGCGGACCUCUCUUUGAAUGGUAACACCCAGGUACUUUACGGAGGAAACUUGCUCAAGAAUAUGGCCGUGCAGUUUGUAUUGGUAGUGUAGAGGAGUACAACUUCUAGAGAUUGAUAGUGUCUGGCACUUGGCAGGAUGAAAUUAUAUGAUCUAAUUAUAUGAUGAAAUUAUCUAAUUAUAUGACUCCUUAGCUAAUAAUAUUUACCUCAUAUAACUUAAAAUAGCGCUUUUAACAUUGUUUAGUAAUCAGAUUACUUAAGUUUUAAAAAUUAUUUGCUGAGGUGAUCAGGAGCAAAUUUCUACCAUCAUGAAAAUGGAUCCAGGGAGGAAACACCCAUGUGGUGACUUUCUAGAAAAUUUAAUACUAUUGUUGGGGUAGGUUGGAGGAAUUUUUAUUUGCCCAUUCUUGUAGAUAAUUGGAUGCUUUUAAACAGUGGUUAUCAUGAAAAUCACAAAGGGUGGAGAAUGGACGAGAAAUUAAAUAGUACCCUUAGCUUAUUCAACUUGAUACAAUUUUAAUUUUACAAAAAAUUCUUGAUUUAAAAUGAGAAGACACAGUAUUGUUCUGCAUCCAGUUCUCUUUAAAAUGAUCUAUCACACAACCUAUUUAACAAAUAAAUGACCAGCGACUGUGGCUCUUAAUUGAUUAAUAUAAUAUUUGCCUCCCUCUAAAGAAAUUUUUUUAUCUGAGUUCACUUGUCAUGCAUGACAGCCUUUUUUUUUCCCACUCCGUACCAUUAAUAUAAAACAUGUGGAGUUGUGGGGGGAAGGCGUUUUAGAAAAGGAAGCAACAUAUACCUGAAGGAAAAAAAAAAAAAAUAAUAUAAUUAUAAUUAUAUAAGAGAUUAUUAAUACUAUACAAAAGGCCAUUUUGAUUUUAAUUCACUUAGGCUACUUAGUGGUGCUUAGCAAUGAAAUACAUUUGCGACCAAUCGUUCAAAAGCAAAUUUGCUGAAAUCUGAUAAUUCAAAAUAUUUUUUAAAGACUUUGGACAUUGGACAUACAAAUAAAUUAAAUAUUAUUAAACACACCUAUUUGACUAUUGCCAGCCAAUAAGUUGAAUACGGCAUUAAUUCAUAUUGGAAAAAGGAGGCUUUUGCAUUAAAUUAUUGGUCAACUUAUGUUUGGUGUGCAACUUUGAGUUUCUGUGCAGUGUGCAAGAUUCUCUUCCUUUAGUUUAUUCAUGUAUUGUUACUACAGUUAACUUUUCCUAUUUUAAUAUUAAUGCGCUCAUGAAAUGUUUUAAAUUUAAAUUAAUAUUUCAUUUGGUGGUUAAUUAUAAUAUUUAAAGGAGGCUAAUUUUCUGGCAUUUAGAAAAAUGGAAAUUUUUUUCUAACAUCUUUUGGAUUUUAUUUUUGGUAGAACCUGCAAUAAAGUGUGUAAAAGUGUAUUCAAUUCAAUGAAACUUUAAGUUUCGUUUUCAAUAUUUUGAUGUUAAAAAAAAUGUUAAUCUAUUAAUCAAAUUUACAAUUUUCUCAGCACAGUACAAUGUGUUACCGUAGCAUGUGAACACUUGGUUUUUAGGUAAAUUUAUGCUCUAGUUAAAGGGGACGAAAUUUAUGUUUGAGUUAUGGAUACUGACUUAGCAUUCAGGUUAGGUAGUGUAGUAGAUUUUAGCAUUGAAGAUUUUUCGUUAAAUUUUAAAAUUUUUUUUCCUAAUUUGCACAUUCUCUCCCUUUCCCCUCCCCAUUUUAUCAGACAGUUUUGGCAUUACUUUUUUUAUACCUUAAUUGAAAAAGUUGUGACAGUUUUAGUGCAGAUGUUUGUGGUGAAAUGACUGAUUAGUCACAGAUUUAGGAUAAAUAUAUAUGGAAAAAUUCCAACAAACUUUUUUGCUACUUGACAUAAAAACAUAAAUUUAGUAUCAUUGGAUUACAAUUUAUGAUCUAAAUUUAUUUAAUAUAAAACCACUUUGAAUUUUUUAGUUAAGUACUUACUGUGUAGUUAAAAACUUAAUAUCCCCCUUGAGAUGUUGGCUUGUUUAUUUUGAUGUCAUUUGGACAAGUUAUACUGGGCCUAGUCUCAAAGGGGGAAGUGUGGGCUCCUAAAAGAUUAUGCAAAUAUUUAUCUUGUCUUUAAAAUUUUAAAUGAAUUAUUCCCUUUGAUUUUGAUGUUCUCGUUACGAAGUAACUGAUGAUUGUUACAAUGCAAUGAAAUGGAAUGGAUUGCACAAAUCCUACAAAUUGAAACUGUAGAUAAAAUUUUAAUCUGUAGGUCAUUAGGAUCCUAACCAGCAGUUCAAAGCUUUGAAGCCAUGAAAAGCACACAUGGCAAUUGACAUAAAGUGUAUAAAUAGAACAGUUGAUAGCAAGAAUGUCUUUUAAAUUUUAUUUAAAAUUUGGAAUGUGCCAGGAACGUACAGUGAAUGCUUAUAUACAGACAGCAAACUAAACAGUACAAAUAGAGAAUGAAGACAAGAGGAGAACUUAUCUUAUGCUGUGUUCGAGAGAAGGUAUACGGAAGAAAGUGAUGUCACAGAGCUUUCUUCUAUUGAGUGCAGGAAGACCAGUAGUACUAGUUUUUCAGAUCAGAUUUCUAUGGAAGUAUCCUUAAAUGCUAUCAGAUUUACAACACCAGAUCAUAGUCCCCACUGUGUAAUGUUUCUUUGAUUUAACUGAUAAAGUUUUGUUUGUACAAUAUUUUGCUUUUUUUUUUGUUUUGCAGACAAUAUGAAUCAAAUUAAACAAGAGCCUUGGGAUACUGGCUCUGACUAUCAAGAUUAUCAGUGGAACAGCAACAGUCACUUGCCAGUUUCAUCUUAGUAAGUUCAAUAAUUUAACAUAAACAAAUCACUGCUUAACAAACCUAAAAGUUUCCAAAAAAAUUUGGCUUUUGAUCUUUAUAAUUUACACAAAAAAAAUGCCAGCAAUUUAAUUUAAGUAAAGAAAAUGGUAACAAUACUUUAUUUACAAGUCAAAUGUAAUUUAGUCAAUUUAGUUUUUAAAAGUAGUAUAAAAUAUAGAUAGUCUGUAAUAUUUUAUUAUUUGAAUUUUGUUCUUCCAAUUAUCACUGUUUUAUUAAAUUGCUUUUCAGCUUUAACCCUGAAAUUCUAGCCACCCAUGUCAAGGUAGAGGCAGAAGAAGACAGUUACUCACAGUCUUCAAGUGGACCACCACUAUCAAUACCAAAAGAGCCUAAAAAAAGAGGACGGCCUAAGAAAGUCAAGGAUGAAAGGUAUACUACAACAUAAUUGGGCUUAGCCCACAUUACCUAUUUUAAUUUGAUUGAAAUUAUUCGAUUUUAAAUAAAGUAGAUUAUAUGUACCUCUACAUAUGUAUUCUUGACAUCAAAUGUUUCAAUAAAAUGAUUCUAAGGAAAACUUUGAACUAUCACUUUUUGACAAUUUGAUGAUCCAAAAUGGGUUUUACCUUCUUUGAAAAAUGUGUAUCAGUGGUGAAAGUGAGGGCAAAACUGGAGAAAAAAGAAUCAAGCAAGAGUCAGUGACAGACCAGCUGAGUGUUGUCAAGAAAAGAAGAGACAGGUUUAAUGGGAUGCCAGAAGAAGAAGUAUUACAGAAACUACUUCCUGACCACCUAGCACCUAACCUUGAUAUCCUCAUUGUAAGCUGAAAACUUUUCUUGUGCACAUGUGUUUAAUUUUGUGGAAAGAAAUAUUUGUUACUUUUUGGUGUCUUAAAGCAUAAAGGUUUUUUUUAACAAAAAUUCUUCACUAAAAUAUUUGAUAAACUCAUUAUCUUUUAUCACUUUGUUAACAAUUAUAUAGUAAUUCACCACAUGAUAGCCUUAGAUCUGAUUAUUAUGACGAGAGCAAUGUAUUUAUGGCCUUCAAAGUUUAUUACAAGAAUUUAGAAUGUUAAAAAGUAGUGGAGAUAUUUUAAUCUUUCUUUUUUUAUGGAAUGGAAUUGUCAGCUCAGUAAGGCAGCUCUUCUUAGGGAGGAGGUAACCAUGAGUUAUAGACUUCAAACACCAGAUUUUGAAGACAGAGGCCAGCUUGGUGUGGGAUUAAAAUUUGUCUGCCUACGCUAACCCAACCCAAAAAUUUGUAACCUAUGGGUUUUUAAUUUCAUAAAUAACAUUUUCUUAUCUAGAUUGGCAUUAAUCCAGGAUUGUUUGCUGCAUAUGUGGGUCACCAUUAUGCUGGGCCAGGAAAUCACUUCUGUGAGUUGUUUUUUGUUGUUGCUGGUUUCUUUCAAAGAUACAUUUAUUUAUGAAGCCUGAUAAUUGAAACAAACUUGUUCACCUCAUAGUACCAUCAUCUUAUUUCACUUCUUUCUUUCUCAGUCUUAGAUUGUCUUAACAUUUCAGCGUCUGUUCAUGACAGAAUUAAUGUCGGUUAUGAUCCACUUAAAUAAAAUAUUAAAUAAAUAAAAGUUUACCUUUUAAGGGCAUUAUCAAAUAAUGUGUCCCCAUUUCGGCUCUACCUUUGGGCACUGAGAAAAGUAACUGAAUUGAAAAAUGGCUAAAGAGGUGUUUAUUGUUGAUGGCUUUUUAAAAUAAUUUUAACAACUCUGAGUGUUUUAUGUUUUUAAUUUGUUAGUAAGUGAUAAUGUCUUCAUGAUCCAUACUGAAAUGAAAAGCAAAGACCUAACAAAAAAAUGGUUUUAUGCCGUUAGAUAUGCUUAAUAUUAAUUGUAAAAUGAUGUUUACAAAUUAUGAACUAGAAAUGGUCUUAAACCAUUUUUGAAAAACUAAUUCAUCUAGACUAAAUAAACAAUAAUAUCAUAUCUAAGAGUUUAGUGAGAUUAGAAAAACAAUUUGUUGCUUGUUAAUGUUUUAAAAUGGAUCCACCUCCGAGACCUGUUUAUAAAGUGUUUCCUUUUACCCCAUCAUCCAGGGAAGUGUCUCUACUUAUCAGGACUUAUACCCGAACCAAUGAAUGCAUAUGAUGAUUACAAGCUGCUUUCAUAUGGGAUCGGUUUCACAAAUAUAUGUGCAAGAACAACCAGAGGGAGUGCAGACCUUAAAAAGUGAGAGCUUUAACUCAAUUUUAUGGGUUGUCAAAUUUCUGUUAAAAGCCAUAUAAAAUAAUCUUUGUUCAUAAUUGAUUUUAAUGCCCAUCAAUUUAAAAACACUAACAAAUCUUUUACUGCUCCUCUCACAAAAAAAAAAAAAUUCCAAUUUGUGAAGUACUAUUUCUGUCAUUCUAUAGCUGCUACUGUUAUUGGAAACAUUUUGCUUCUAUUCUUCACCUUGCUUUCAUUUGCUUUAGAUUAAAAAAAAAAAAAUUAUUAUUGUUUUGAAGGCAAGAAAUUAGAGAUGGAGCUGAAAUACUGAGAAAGAAAAUAGCAUUAUACAAGCCCAAAAUAGCUGUGUUCAAUGGCAAAGGUAAACAAUUAUUAUUAUUAUUAUUAUUAUUAUUAGAUAUAGAAAAUAAAUAUGCUCUCAAUUUCAUAGUCCUGGGUAUUUAAAACUGCGUUAAAUUUAAGGCAUUUUUACUUGACAGGAAUCUAUGAAGUAUUCAGUGGAAACAAAAAUUUUAACAUAGGCAAGCAGCCUGAGAAAGUGGAAGGAACAGACACUGUGAGUACAUCUCUGUUGACACAAAGGUUAUGUCAACAUGAUUCAUUUACUCAGGCCUGACUUUAAACAUCAGGGAAAAUAUAUAGAACUUACUCUCUUAAAUGUUUCAAAAUUGAUUUUCAGAUAAAUAUCUAUGUGUGCUAAAAUUAUUUUAUUAAUAACUGAAAGUAAGAACUGUUUAAAGAAAGAGCCAGCAUUGAAUCAUUGGUUGAUGAGACUGGUAUGUGAUCUUAUUAGUAGACAAAGAUUUAAUUAUAGAUAAUAUAAUAUAUUCUUCUUGACUUUUUUUUAUGUGUAUAUAAGAAUUAAUUCAAUGUAAUUGUUACGAGAGGUUCAUGCUUUCAACUCCCAGAUUCUGUUUGUGAUGCCAUCCUCAAGUGCAAGAUGUGCACAGCUACCAAGAGCAGCAGACAAGGUGCCAUUUUACCUGGCACUGAAGAAACUUCGAGACCACCAGAAUGGAGAUUUGCCGACACUAGACGAGUCAGAGGUGGUCUUCCCGGUGAUCGAUCACAAGCCAAAGACUGAAGUGAAAGAAGAUGUCAGUGACGAGGAUGACGAUUCCAGGAUGUCGCUGGGUGACUCAUCCAAAGAAAUGACGCUGGAGCAGAUCCAGAUGCAGGCUGAGUAUCUGGAGGCACUUGCUGCUAGUGCUGAAGGAAAGGACAUUCCAAUGGAAAGUUGGAGCACCAGGAAGCAAAAAUGUAAGAGACUUAUCAGGGGAGACAACAGUAUUGACACAGAAGCGUCGGGUUCGGGAGAUGAAUCCUCCCUGGGAUUCAACACACAAAUUCAAUAUUAUAAACCCGACAUCAGCCUCUCUAACCCUUCAACUUUUGGCAUCAACAUGAGUUUAGAUAUCAAGCAAGAGGUGCCCUAUGAUGUCGGUGAAUAUGGGCCUGUUGCUGUCAAUGGCCCGGCUGCUCAGAAGGUGAGCUAUGAGCCAUGCUGCACAGAUCCAUACCCAAGCCAGCCCUCCCCUCAGUACCUAAGCCUUGGAGAAACA